AAGGGGGGCAGUACUUGUGUCUCCCGUGGUUCUCUGCCAUGUGAACUGCGAUAAAUUGACAAGCCCCCCUGGAAUGAAGGUGGCUGCGCGCGACCCGACGACGGGCGCCAUGUUCAUGGGUGCAACAGUCAGAAGAAGUACGUACUACGGGCACCAAGGACACAGGGCCGUGGCAUGCUUGACGCAGUAGGCCAUGUUUGAUGACAUCGAACGCUAGGCAGCGUAGCCUUGAAGAGAUUGCCGGAUGUACUCUUGUUCAGACAUCCGAUACAUGACACCCCGCUGCAGUGCACUAUUAGCACUGUGGUGCCCUCGCGGAUCCGAUCGCGGGAGGACCACUGUGGAACGACCCAUACGCAGGGCAUCUGGUUGACACUUCUUCGAUCAUCAAUGUCGUUCUGCUCGCUACACACCGUGCCGCGUUAUUGAAACUCGUUAUGGCGACUCAACAAUACGGACGAAUCCUCUUAAUGGCUAGCAUCCGGUGAGGCUGCCUGGACGGAACUUCUUUCGGGGUCCGAUCAUUUCGCUGUGUUUCUCCACCACCUCUUCGUGCCGCGCAUGUGCCGUUGCCGUGCCCUGAAUUUACUCGAACCAGGUUCAUUCAACGCGGUUUGAAAUGCUGUUGCAUGAGCAUGGAUCUUGUGAGGAGUAGAGUUACGCCAUGAGUCCGACAGGUGGCGAUACAGUUGAACGAAAUAAAACCAAGCGGCGGGACGUCGCGUUUCCUCGUUUUGCACAUCCAUAGCAGUCGGUCGGAGAGUUGACGUAGUCCAGAUCUUAACAGAUCUCUAUAUAAGCAAAGACCGGGAGGACCGAGAUCGUCGUGCAUGAACCACCUCGCUCUGUCUGCGGAACUUGUCGACUUCAGCGCGCGCAACAGCAUGCUACUUUGCUUCUUUUUGCUGCUUAGUGUCUUGAGUGUCGAGGCCACCAGCAAUGCGAGACCAUUGACACGAUCACUUCCACUCUCAUCCGGAACUUGUGUCGACAUCGCAAGGGCCAUUUCGUCUGCUUCUGCGGUCUUCUAUCCAGGAUCGCUCAAAUAUGCAAGCGACAUAUCACACUCGAUCGGGUCCAGCUCCCAAAACUCCGCAUGCUCUGUUGAGCCUGGGACGGCCGAAGAUGUCGGAGUGAUCCUCCGUCUGCUGGGUAACAGCAGGACGCCGUUCGCCGUGAAAGGAGGAGGUCAUGCUUACAAUGUGAACUUCUCUUCGACCACCGGCAUCCAAAUCUCGAUGACCCGGUUCAACCAAGUUGUGUACGAUGCUUCCACGUCGUCGGCCUCUGUUGGGAGUGGUAUGGUCUGGGACGAUGUAUAUUCCGCGCUCGUUCCUCUGGGUGUCAACGUUGUGGGAGGAAGGCUCUCAGGCGUGGGUGUUGCUGGACUGACUCUGGGAGGCGGGUACUCCUUCCUGUCAAACCAGCACGGUCUCGCUCUUGACAAUGUCCUGGGAUUUGAACUCGUGCUUCCAUCGGGGACUGUCCUGAACGUCACUGAAAGCUCUCAUCCAGACCUGUUCUUCGGACUCCGAGGCGGCCACAACAACUUCGGUAUCGUCACCAGGUUCACACUUAAAACAUAUCCUCAAGGAAUGGUGUGGGGGGGAGUAGCGGUAUAUGCCGCGACGUCCGUGAACCAGCUUAUUGAAGCAGCCGCGAACUUCUCGUCCGUAACCGACCCCAAGGCAGAACUUCUGUUUUCGUUUUCGUGGGCCACCGGACUCCUCACCGUGGUAGUAGAGGCGUUCUAUAACGCCCCGACCCCACCAGCUGGAAUAUUUGAUCACUUUCUCGCCAUCCCUGCGUUGAUAUCAGAGAUCUCGACCAGGGACUACACGUCCAUGGUCACGGUUAUACCAAGCACACCGACAGCGAGAGGUGGAGGUGGGACGCUUCCCAACACGAAAUACUCAAAGGAAUUCCUCCAGGCUAUGCUCAACGAAACGACCUUCUGGGGUCCACAGGUGACUCUGGCAGAUCCCACCGCGCAGCUGACUUGGGCUAUCGAGCCCUUUCAUCCCUCCGUUCUUUCUCAUGGGUCGGCGUCGGCGUACCCCGCCACGCGGAAGUUCCCCCUCUUCCCAACGGCGUUAACUUUCUCCUACGUAAAUCCUCUCGCGAACGGGAUUUUCCAGACCGUCACGCAAGUGUCGCCCGCGUACCUGCAUGAAGUGGCCAUUCGCCUUGGCGACGCUUUGCCGUUCGAUGGGGAAGACAUCGUCGUCUACGGCAAUUAUGCAUAUGCGGACACUCCCAUCGACGAGAUCUAUGGAGGAAACCUGGCCAGGCUUAGGACGAUCAAGCGGCAGUGGGACCCGCAGAAUGUGAUGGGCUUGACUGGCGGUUGGAAGAUACCGCUCUGAUAUUCGAAUGAUAGUACCAUGUGUUGUAUUCCC